UACACACUCCACAUUUAGUGUUCAUUUUGAUAUCGUCGUGUUAUUUGUGUUUUGAAUAAAAUGCAUAAAAUUAAAUUAAGUGGAUUUCAACUUCAAGUACUUAUUUCAUUAUGUAUGUACAUCGGACAAUCGCUUGUUGGUUUUACAAUUUCGUGGUCUGGGCCCAUGAUACCGAAACUACAGGAUUUAGAUCAAUCUCCUCUAUCACAAAAUCUGACCGACGCACAAGCUUCUCUAACUGCAUCUCUAUUAUACGUUGGCUCCAUACCAGGUUCAUAUUUGGUUGGAUGGCUUUCAAACUUCAAGGGUCGAAAACCAUGUUUGCUACUAGGUGGCUUUGUCAGUAUGACAGGAUAUAUUUUGCUUCUUACUACCCACAAUGUGCCGAUGCUCUUCAUAGGAAGACUGUUGACAGGAUUAAGCGUUGGCUGCAUCUUUCUUGUGGUCAUCGUUUAUCUGGGAGAAAUAGCAUCUACCAAUAGGCGUGGUACCCUGCUUGCCAUUGCAGGAAUAUUUACAACUUUAGGUUCGAUGUCAUUAUUCUCAGCAGCAACAUUCCUCUCUUAUCGAGAAUCAACCUCCGUUGGGUUGGCAUUCAGUAUAAUAUUUAUUUUAGGCCUACUAAUGAUUCCAGAAUCUCCGAUGUUUCACGUUUUAAAAGGAGAUGACAAUGCUGUUAAGAAAACAUUACAGGACUUGGACAGAUUGGACGAUUUAGAAAAAUUCAUUGUAGCAAAAGAAGAUUACAGAACUAUAAGCAAUAUUAAAGAUUGGAGAGAUUUAUUUACAUUAAGAAAUAACAGAAAAGCAUUAUUCCGACUGACGACGAUUAACAUUUUCCAACAAUUCAGUGGUGUGAUGGCCGUCGUAUUUUUUUCCCUAGAAUAUUUGAAUUAGCCGGCUCAAAAAUAGAAGGAAAUCUUGGAAUGAUAAUUAUUGGAUGUUUUCAAUUAAUGGGAAGCACCGUGACCCCUAUUUUUAUUGAAAAGAUAGGGAGAAAGGUCAUCUUGAUGAUCUCCUGUGCAAUUUGUUGUUUGUCUAUGUUCACGCUGGGACUAUAUUUUUAUUUGUUGGACAUUGAAAAUCCAGGGAUACAAAAUGUAUCUUGGUUGCCAGUCGUAGUUCUUACAAUUUUCUUCCUUGGAUUUGAUUCAGGUCUAGCAAUCAUACCGAAUGUCUUGAUGGGUGAGAUGUUUACGCCAAAUGUUAGGAGCUGUGGUUCAACAUUAACAAUGACGAUGAGCAGCUUAGUUGGUUUCCUGGUUACAACAGUUUUCGGAACGAUAAUUAACGACGUUGGCCCAUUCAUUCCAUUUUGGGUCUUUUCCUGUACUACUGCUCUUUCUUUCUUAUUCACCAUAUUUUUCAUUCCCGAAACUAAGGGUAAAAGUUUGUUAGAAAUACAAAUGGAUUUGGACAAAAUAUAGCAACACAUUGCCACGGCCAUAAAACAUAAUGUUUGGUUAUUCCUGCUGUUAUUUCACUAAGAGUUUAAUUCUAUGUGAACAGUAACAUAAAUGUUAUUGUAUCUUUCUUAAAAUUUAAUUUGUAAUAUAUGUUGAUCGAACACUAAGGAUAUAAUUACGAAAACAACGCAUAGUGAACCUUAAAGAGGUUGUAUAAAUUUUCUUCCAAUGUACAAAAAUACCCGUAAAAUUAUUUUUAAAUGUAAACUGUCAGACAACAAGUUACAGAAACAUAAUACAGGAUGAUAAUUUUACAUCGAGAGAACUAUAGAGAGAAAAGAAUAGAAAUAUAGAAGUCGGUAACAAGAAUCUUAAAUUGCUUCUUAUAUAUAAUAUUCUUAAUUAUAAGUUUCCACCGCCCUCUAGCCAUUCAACAGGAUGAUUUCUCCUCUUUUGUUUUGGGAUGCCCAAAUGCAUCGUAAGGAUUUAUAUUUAUUUAGUAUUACAUUUUUCUGAACACCUUAUUGUACUGACUUAUAUCGAGCAACAUUGAGUUAAAUACGAAAAAUUCUUUAGAUUAAUUUUUGAUUUUUUGUUUGACUUAUGCAUUACCUUAAAGAUAUCAAUCAUUAUAUUUACGACAAGGAUAUGGCUAGUAGGAUAUUACUGAAUGCAAUAAUUAAUUUAUAUUUUAGUUAAAUUUAUUUCAUUAAACUAAUACCUAUGUUUGGUACAUUCCCUAUUUUUCAAAAUAUUUGCUUUAUCAAAUUCUUAUGUAUAUCAUUUACAUGUAUGUAAGUAUUUGUGUAAAAUUUACCAAUACAUUUAGCUCUUUAUAAUCUCAUCACUUUAUAUUUCUUUCUUGUGUUCUGAUACGUUUAAAAGUUUUUAUAAAAUUACUCCUAAACAAAGGCCACCUUUCACGAAAGUGCACGACUGCAUUUCUAUCCAACGUAUGAAAACUGGUAUAUAAAACAUUCUACCUCCAUCAGGUUUUGUGUUAAACAUCAACCUCAAUGAUCGCGUUAUAGAAUAUUAAGUUUUUAUAAAUUAAAUGACUGUUACAUACUUCGUCAUAGAAUUGCAAUGAAAUAAAAUUAAUUGUAAUCUGGUCCUAUGGUAUGAUUGAUAAUUAUUGAUAUUCCAAACGAUAUUAAAAUAUAUAUAUGACAGCGUAUCCAGAAAAUAUCCUAUAAACUACCUCAUUUUAAGAAAAUUAUUUGAUGUUUUGAUUAUAUUUCUUUUAUGUUUAUAUUUAAAUGUGUUCGUUUAAUUAUGUGAUUAUAUUUAGUUGAUAAAUAUUACAAAUGUAAUUUUAAAAAGAAACUCAAUUUAUUUUAAUUUUGCAAAGAGCCGACGCUAACGUCAGUUAGAUUGCCGAGUGGGGUUGCGAGUGGCGCCAACAUCGUAGCAGUCACCAAAGUAUAUAAAUGGGAGCAGUCACAUUGUAAGGGCAGUGUUCACUUGGACACGGUGUUGGACGCACACUCGCCAAUCCACGUGGCUCAAAUUCAUAAUUGCUAUUCUAUAAUAGUAAAUUACUUUCGUGGUGUUAAUCAAAUAGUAAUAAGUGAAAUAAAGUUAUUGCAAUGUG